AUGGGGACAUUGGGUAUUACAUUGACUAUAAUAGCUGAUAUCAUGUCCAAGUGUUCGGGAGAUACAGUUUCAGUUACCGGCCAGAGUGUCCGGGAGAUUUCAAUUUACUUAUAUAUACCUAUGACAGGGUCGGCGGGUAGAUGUGAGAUUAGCUGUGGUGGUUGUGGUCGCGGAUUUGGCACAACUAGUCGCUCUGCAAUCCUGAGUGCUCUUCCUUUAUAUGUCAUGUCCUGCUUCCUAUUGCCAAAAGCUAUCAACACCAAAAUUGCUCAAUCUUUGUCUUCCUUAUGGUGGCCUGGCCUGUUGGUAUGGGAUCAUGAUAAUAAAGGAGGAUUUUCAGUGGCCUCAACCUAUGACCGUCUGGUAGAAGAAAAAUGGAGGAACUUGGACUUACCAGAAAGGGAAGGGAAGAUCAGGCACUACCUUUGGAACUGUUUCUUUAACAUUUUACUUGUUAACUGCAACCUCUUGAUAAAACAGACUAAGGAUCAAAUCUUUUUCCACCACCCUAAAGCAAAGAGGACCUGGGAGCUUGCUCUAAUCUCAUGGGAAGAGCUGCAACAAGAAUUUGAUGGUUUUAAGCCUUGGUGGAAAAAGUUUUGCUCUGGUGUGUUAGAGUAG